AUGUCUGACCGGGAACAUGGCUUAUCUUCCCCGGUGCAACUCGACCGUACCCUCUCGGACUCGAGCAUCGAGAAGAGGACCCGUAGGAGAUUCACGCCCCAGCAGAUCUGUCUGCUCGAGGAGCUCUACCGCGAAACACCCCACCCAACCCGCGAACGACGCGACGCGCUUGCGAAAGAGAAUAAACUGGACACUCGCGCCGUAACCGUCUGGUUCCAAAACAAACGACAGACCGAACGCAGGUCGGCCAUAAACGCCUCCCGCAAGCGCGGUCCCAAACGCGACCCGCUCGCCUCCCCCUUCUCCGACGUACGAGGGAAGACCAUCCACACAACCCGUUCCUCCAGCCCCGCCUCCGAUCUCUCCCACUUGAGCGACGCCCACAGUUACACACACCCAGGCUCACUCACGCCCACCAUCUCGCGUAAACGCCGACGUAGCAGCUCCCUCAACACACAUGGGCACGCGAUCACACGCACGCUCUCCCUCGACCGGAUCGCCGCGCGCACGGAGCGCGCACACGCCCCUGAGACAGAACGCGACCCUCACUCCGUGACGCCACCCCGGCGCACUCAGCACGCGUCCCUGCCUUUCCUCCACGCACGGUCCCCGCCCCGCGCGCUCUGGGAGACGAUGCCCUCGUCGCCGGUACAGCCCAGAUCGCCGGAAAUGGCACACUCACCUCUCUUGGACUUCGAUUUCGGGCAUGGACGGCUGAAGAGGCGGCGCACGCUCGAGUGGGCGUGUGCCCGCGAGCGCGCCGGUGGGGUCGGUGGGCACCACAUGGACAUGGACGUGAUCGGUGAGGGCGAGGACCCACUGGUGCUGGACCUCGGCGGGGACACGGACGUGGAGACGGAGCCGGAUGUGCACGAGGCGGUCACGCCGAAAAGCUACCCUCGAAGCGGCGGCGGCGCUAGCAUCGCGGGUACGGAGUUGUGGGAGGAGGAGAGGCUUUUGGAUGGCGACAAGGAGAAUCGGUCGUACCGGUGGGUGAAAGUUCGCAAGGAUAUCGAGACGAAGAUGGUGGGUGCGAAGGAGCCGCGUGCGGAGGAGGGGCGGAAGAUGCGGGACGAGGACAUGAUGGAUGCUGCACUGGCCUUGUGCGGCCUUGGUGGACGGAUGUGA